AUGGAGCGUCGACGCAGGCGGAAGCGCGAAACGCGAACAUCUACUACAACAGAUGGCGGGCUUGUGGGGCGGGCGGGUCAAGUAUCGCGCCCGCUCCACCGCAACAGCACCUGCACGGCUUCAGUCUCACGGAAAAGGGCGGCGGUGUGGUGACAUCUCGCGGUUGUUUAGCUAUGCACAUGCAAUUUCAAAUUUGCGAACCCUGCACAAGGGUGGAUUGAGGGAGUUUUUCCAACGUCCCGUUGUUUUUCCGAACGGCAGCUACACGUUGGCUAACGUAUGCAUACGCUUUUUGGGGUGGAACCUUGCGGAAGACUGGACUUAAAGCAGCGGUGUUGUUUUCAUUUCUUGUCGAACCUUUCGGUACUCACAAAUCCUCAGAUCCUUCUCCCUAAAACUGUGUGCAACGUGACCUACUGCUGUACAGCCCUGCACAGCAGUCCGUUGAGUUGCGACAGCCUUGUCCCAGGUUCCUCUUGUUCCGGGCGGUAGCUACAGUAGCUGUGCAGGCGCGGGUAUCAUUCAUCAACCAUCAGCAUAUC